CCCACUCUUAGGUCACGUGGGGCGGCGCUCGCUCCGGCUCCUCCUCCUCCACCACCUGUCCGGCCGGGCGGUCCUGUGUCCUCGGCUCCUGACUGACUGUGCUGCUCAUCUGAUUUGCUGAAGUGAAUGUUCAAAUGUCAGGGGAUCAGGAAGCACAAGAUGAUGAACUGCUGGCCCUAGCGAGUAUUUACGAUGAAGAAGAGUUUCGUCGGGCUGAGUCAGGGCAGGAAGGCGAGAUCUACCUGUGCCUCGAACUUCCCCCUAACUUCAAGCUGCUGGUCAAUGGGGAGAGACCUGUGGAGUACGACGUGUCUUUUCUGCCGCCACUGGUGCUGAGUUUUGAGCUCCCUGAAAAUUAUCCUUCCACUUCGGCGCCUGUUUUUACCCUAAGCUCCAAAUGGCUGUCGAGGCUCCAGCUGUCUGCUCUGUGCAAGCAGCUGGACAAGCUGUGGAAGGAGAACCAGGGCAGUGUGGUGCUCUUCACCUGGAUACAGUUCCUCAAAGAGGAGGCACUGGAAUUCCUGGGCCUUCAGUCUCCCUUGGAGAUCACAGGUUCCAAGUCUGACCGCUGCAAGAACGAGGCUGCUGCGAAGCCAGCGGAAGGCCUGGAGAAGAGGAAGCAGCAGCAAGAGCUCGACCCGCGAGCUGUCCUGGAAGCUGACCCUCAAGCAGACCUGCUACCUCAGCUGCUGGACUUUGAUGAAGCGCAGCGGCAGAAGGUUUUUGACGGCAAGCCAUUUUGUUGCGGCAUCUGUUUCUCGGAGAAGCUGGGGUCCGGCUGCAUGCUCUUCAAGGAGUGCCAGCAUGUCUACUGCAAGGCCUGCAUGAAGGAGUACUUUGAGAUCCAGAUCAGAGAUGGCAAUGUUCAGUGCCUUAACUGCCCUGAACCGGAGUGUACCUCAGUGGCAAUGCCUUCACAGGUGAAACUACUGGUGGGGGAGGAUGAUUUCGCCCGUUAUGACCGUCUUCUCCUGCAGUCCACAUUGGACCGUAUGGCUGAUGUGAUGUACUGCCCGCGCAAAACAUGCUGCAUGGCCGUGAUGUUGGAGCCAGAAACAACCAUGGGCCUCUGUCCUUCCUGCCGCUACGCCUUUUGUACCCUGUGCAAGCGCGCCUACCAUGGCCUGUCCCACUGCUUGCCCACAGCCGAUGAGCUCCGCAACUUGCAAGAGGAAUACCUGGCGGCCAACAAGGAGGAGCAGAAGUUUAUGGAGCAGCGUUAUGGGAAGCAAGUCAUCCAGCGUGCGGUGGAGGAGUCCUUUAGCAGGCAGUGGCUGGAAGAGAAUUCUAAAAAUUGUCCUUCAUGUGGCACUCACAUCCAGGAGGAGCUAGACCAGUGUUUGACUCUCUUCUUUGACUGUACUGUUCCGCACGGCGCUCCGCAGCGCCUCUGGUGGUAUGGCGGUAUGAGAGAAACGCAUACCAGUUCAAGGUUACCCAGCGGUAUACAGAAUGAACCGGUAUACUGCCCAGCACUAUGUUGUACUCUGUCUUCAGAUCUUUCAAGAAAUGAAGACACAGGGCUGCAACAAGAUGACCUGCUCCUCCUGCCAUCAGUACUUCUGUUGGAUCUGCCUGGCGCCUCUCUCCAAAGUCAACCCUUACAAACACUUCAACAACCCAAAUAUGCCCUGCUUUAAUCAAUUGUUCCAGGGUCUUGAAGAUGAUGAUGAGUUUAUCAGUGAUGAAGAUGAGUGAAAGGAGGACAAAUGUGUGCAAUUCCCCCCCGAGCACUUUCUCUUUGUAACUACCUGCUGUGUAGCCCUUAGUGCCCAAAGGAAAUUAAACCAUCACUAUUUAUUUUUA